AUGGAUGGAUCUAUACCAGUUUUUGAAAAACCUCAUCCACGAUUAAGCGUUUUAGAUUGGACAAGAAACAUACAAAGAUUACAAAAUGAAGCAAGGCUACGUCGUUUUGAGUCUUACGAACUUAGACAAAGAGCAAACCAACUUCGUAAUGAAACAUCGGUGACAACGAGAUGGGAUACCUAUACUAAUAAUGAGCUAAUGAGAGACAGAAUAUUUGAAGUACAAUCAUGGCGAGAGAAGCAAAGAUUUACCAGAGAGCAAGUAAGAGAUGAAAUAAGAGCCUUAAAGGAAGAAAAAAAUGCAACUGAGUUACACUUGGAAUCACUUCAGAUACCGUUAAUGGUUUCAUCACAAUGUCUAUCUAAUAGGGACCAAAGAGUACCUCCGGAAUUAACAAGAGAUCAACUUGGCGAAGAAUUAAAAAAGGAACUCCAUGUAAUCGAGAAUAGUAAACGUGUUUUAACUGACGUUUGUCACAUGGGCUGGGAAAAGAUAAAAGAGUUAACCAAUGUAUUUUGUAGACUAGAACGAGAAAUACAAAAUAAAGACGAUGCUUUGUGUUUAGAGUAUCACGUAAAGGACAUAAAUAGAGAAAGCUCGAAUAUAUCGUAUAAACUAGAUCCUACAAGAAUACCUCCCGAUUCUAUGUCAGAAGAAAGCUAUGUUCACUGCAUAGAAAACACAAUCAAAAUUGCUGAACAACUAAUGCGAGAAUCAAAAGAGUUACGUGAAACGAUGUUCAAGACGAGAGAACAGGCACGAAAUCAAAUUUAUGCUCAGGGUCAACACGUAGAAAUUAUAAUGAGGAGACGAGUUUAUGAUAUCCAGCGUGCAAGGAAUGAAAUGGAAUGGCAAAAAUAUAAACUCGAAAGCAAUUUACAAAAAGUAGAUCGCGAAAUUGAAAGCCUACGUGCAGCUGUAGCUGAUAAAAUAAAUCCAACAAAAUUGGUAGAAACUAGACUUGAAACACGAACUAGAAGACCAGUUCUCGAAAGAGUUCAGGAUAAACCAAUGCGUGGCUUGAUAGAAGAGUACGAGAGAGUUCAUACUAGUUCUAACUUACUGGAAAAGAAGUUAGAAGACGCAUUGGCUACUUACCACGGCCUUUACAAUCAUCAUCAACGAGUGAUGAAAGACUUGGAGCACAAAAACCAAGCACUAGAAACUGAUCGUCGUUUGAUAGAAAUACGCAAACCACUGCAUAAAGAAGACGAUACUGAAUUUAAAAGGAACGUCGGGUACUGCCAUAUGAGUGAUGAAUUGGUAACAGAU